AAUGUGCCAAACUCAUACCAGAAUAUGUAAACAGAGAUGUUGUUAGUCCUACAUUACAUUAUAAACAGAAAUAAUCCAUUAUGAGCCAGCCGAUUAUCGAUCCACAUCCACGAUUCCAUGCAUCGAUUAUUUGAUUAAUUUCAACACCUAGUGGCGGAGGUCUGGACCUCCAGUCUGGAGGAGAAAAGCCUCCCCGACAGACCACCGAGACGGAGACAUGUCGGUCCUCCACACAGAGUCCUGGAGACAUAGAUCUGGGACACGAUCAGGAGGGCCACCCUGCCAUUCUUGCUCCAAUGCUGCAUUCAAGACAGUUUUUAGCCCGUAACUUACGACUUCACGACUCGGAAGCGAACAACAAUCGUUAUGUGUGUUGCUUUGAUUACAGUGUGCGGUGCAAUUACUUUACCUUGCCUAUUAAUGUCUAUUUAUUUCUAUUUCUCACCGUUAAUCACCGGCGUCUGUACAGCAUCAACAGGGGGCGCCAUCGUUGUUUGUGUGUGACGUCAGAAACUGUAACUGGGAGUCCAACCAUCUGGUACCAGAUCACUGGGAGUACGUUACUGGUUUGACUGCUGUUCCACGGUGCUUUUAUCAGUAGAAAGUUGUGAAAACACGAGUUACGGGCUGCCUGAAACGCAGCAUUACUUGCGCUACUCUCAUAAGAAGGUUGCGUUUAACCACCGUACCAAGAAAAAACUGUACCGUGACAGCCCUAGAUUAAGGUUAGGGUAUCGCCAUGAUUUCCUGAAUCGACUAGAUUCAAAAGAUCCCGAUUGGAUUUCAUUUUAGCUUCAUAUAUCAGGUGAAAUGUUAGAAUACCUGGAGAUGUAGAGCGCUGUAACAGAAGGGCUGCUGCACAUUUAUACAUUUAUACAUUUAUACAGGUAUACAGGUAUACAGGUAUACAGGUAUAGGGCUGGGUAUUUCCUCAACAGAUUCCGUUACAUUUCAGAUUAAAUAACUGGUUCAGGCCUGUCCAGAGGAGACAUAGAGCACCGUGGAGACACAUUGGUCUUCCAUACACAGAGAGAAAGAGAGAGGGGGGGGUAGGAAACAGUCACAGGUCGGACUCCAACCCUGGGGAGAAACCUCUAUGUAUAUGUGCGCCUGCUCUACCCGCUGACCAACCCGGCCACCAAAAAAGCAUUUAUUGAAAGAUCAAUUUUAUGAUUUUUUUUUUUUUUAGACAUCUAUGAGGUCACUCAAAACAAAGAUGGAUUUUAAUUGGAGAAUCCAUUAUUUCAACCCAGCCCUAUUAUUGGGUACCGUUGUGUGUAAACACACCUGUGCCAGGCGCUUCACGCUGUGCCCUUAGACGGUUAAAAUAGGACCAUGGAUGUUUAUCGGUCACAUCCUAACAACAGCAGUGUCUGAGCUGCCGUGUGUCUGCAGAUUGGUAGCUGUACCUGUGCAGCCCUACCUGGUGAUGGUAGCUGUACCUGUGCAGCCCUACCUGGUGAUGGUAGCUGUACCUGUGCAGCCCUACCUGGUGAUGGUAGCUGUACCUGUGCAGCCCUACCUGGUGAUGGUAGCUGUACCUGUGCAGCCCUACCUGGUGAUGGUAGCUGUACCUGUGCAGCCCUACCUGGUGAUGGUAGCUGUACCUGUGCAGCCCUACCUGGUGAUGGUAGCUCUACCUGUGCAGCCCUACCUGGUGAGAGUCAGUGUUUACGGAGACGUUUCCCUGACAACCACGUUGGACCGCUGACGUGGAAACCGUCUCUACGGAGACCCUAAAAAACUAAAGAGGAGAAACCAGAUCGAUGUUGAACCUCUUCAGCCGUUGGUUGGAGUGGACGUAUCACAGAGUUUUGUAUUUAUUUACAGAAAGAAGAAGUAGUUUUAUUUUGUAUUUAAACGCUGAUGACGGCAGUUUGGUCCUCAUGUUGACGACGUCAUGGCCUGAUGGACGACUCAGAGUUUCUACAGGACCCUUCAGACACAGACUGAACUCAUGGUCCUCCUCUUCCUCCUCCUCCUCCUCUUCCUCGCUCAGUUUGUACAACAUGAAAGGAGAUUAAAAAGUUGCAUCAUCACUUUA